UCUCUGUCAGAGAGAUGCGGACAGCUGACUUUUUAAAAGACAGAUAUAGAAAACAGUAGGGAUAAUUAGAAAACAGUAGGGAUAUUUACAUCUUCAAGCAUCGUACAAGUACACUUUCAUCAGCAAUACAAAUUAAGACCUUAUUGAAGACUGAAUUAACCUGCUCUCCUAGGAAAUGACAAUCCGGAACUUCACCAUUGAGUACGAUGCCUUAAAUGAUCGCAACACCUUCAGCAAUGGGGAUAUAUUGGCGGGCAGAGUUAUCAUGGAGGUGUCAAAGGAAACCAAAAUCAAAGCUUUGACUGUCAAGGUGAAAGGCAAGGCUGAUGUGUCAUGGACUGAGUCACAUGGGGAACAAAGUGUGACAUACUGGGAUAAAGAGAAGUAUUUCUCACAAACUCAAUCUGUUUUACCGGAGGAUAGCAGAAAUGGCUCUGUUACUCUUGUGGCUGGCAGACAUGUCUUCCCUUUUGCUUUUCAGCUUCCUUACCAGGGCACACCUUCAUCUUUUAAAGGUGCUCAUGGUAAAAUCCAUUACCGACUUUUGGCCAAUUUGAGCAGGUCUAUGCGUGCAGCGAGCAAAGCGGAAGCAAAGUUCACCUUCGUAGCCAGAGCUGAUUAUGAUCAGUCAACACUGAUGGCGCCUCAACAUGGCAGUAAAGACAAAAAUGUCAUAUUUUUUGCCUCUGGAAAUAUUUCGAUGAAUAUUUUCUUGCCAAAGACAGGCUAUCAGCAAGGUGAAAGACUAGUCGUCAAUGGUGAGAUAGUAAACAGCUCCACUCGAAAAAUUGUGCCAAAGUACAUUAUCUACCAGAAGCAAAGCUUCUUUGCAGGAGGCAAUAGAGCUGUUCACACCACACAGAUACUGAAGGAGAAGGGAGAGCCUUUAAUGUCCUCCACCAGAGAGAAUCUGUCGAAAGUAUUAGCCCUUCCCACAGAGAUCAGCACCACCAUCCAGAACUGCCGAAUCCUCAAAGUAGAGUAUAGACUGAAGGUUAUUUUGGAUGUAUCAUUCACUAAAAACCCUUUGAUUAAACUCCCGUUGAUUGUACUGCCUCUAAAUGGCGGGACCUCAUCCAAAUCGCUGGAGGCAGGACUGCAACAAGAUCUGGCCAAAAUGAAUAUCUGAAAUUAAUACAAGCAAUGAGCACUAGUUUUGUUUACACUUUUUUUUUUUUUUUUUACUUAUUGUAUCAGAUACAAUAAUCAAUUGUUUAUUAUCAAAAAUAUGAAAACAUGAAUAAAAUAAGUAAAAAUGCUAUAUACUGUACAAACACAUACACACACACAGA